AUGGACAACAGCUCUGUUCCGCAUUCGAGAUGGGCAACAAACAUCCUGCAAGUGGAUGAGAGCACUUUUCUGCGCCCACUCGUACUCUUUGUGCUUGUUCCGACGGCGACAUUUGUCUUGUGGCAUGUCGUCGCGUAUUUGACUUCACCAUUGAAAAAGUAUCCGGGACCAGUUCUUGCGUCGUUUACCAACCUCUACCGAAUGUAUCAUGCCUAUCGAGGAGAUAUGCACCUGAUCAGCAAGAAACUCCACGACGAGUACGGGCCCAUCGUUCGAAUGGGCCCAAACUAUCUCGACCUCGAUUACUCUUCAUUGAUCAAAGUCUGCUUCGACACUCAAGGGGUUUGGAGAAAGACUGAGUGGCACGGGGUUUCUGGAGCAAUGGUCGAGGGCAAGCUCUACUUCAACAUCUUUUCUGAAGUUCGGCCAGAAGAACAUGCGCGCAUAAAGAAGCCAAUUGCAAGGUAUUUCUCCGCUGCUGGCGUGGCGCCUCUUGAGCCUCAUGUCGACGCUGUGCUCGCCGCCCUGUGUGGGGUGAUCGACCAAAGGUUCGCUGGGGACGAGAUAUUUGGACCAUCUUUUGACUUCUCAGAGUGGAUGUUAUUCUAUGCAAUGGACGUGGUGGCCAAGACUACAUGGAGUCAAACUGUCGGAUAUAUCGAGAAAGGCCAUGACUUUGACGGCACUCUAAGUGUGUCCGACAAAGCCUACGACUACCUCGUCACAAUCGGCAUGAACCCCGUGCUUGAUAAGUUCCUCGACAAGAACCCAAUUAUGCGAAUUGGCCCGCCAUCUUUUGGAACCGUCACAGGUAUCUGUCUUGGACAUCUAAUGGCGCGCAUGAAGGGUGAAGACGGCCACGAUCAAUCCAAGCCCGAUUUCUUGGAUCACUAUCUAGAAGCCCAGCAGCAGAAUCCCGAAGUCGUCGACAUUUAUCGCAUUCUGUCCUACAUGCUUGUCAACGUCGCCGCCGGCGCUGACACUACAGCGGCAAGCUUGCGCUCCAUCUUCUACCUGUCUCUUAAGCACCCCGCCGUCUACGACCGCCUAAGGAGCGAGAUUGUCGCUGCCAAGUUUUCGCAGCUCCCUGUGCCGUAUGCCGAGUCCAGGCAGCUUCCCUACCUGGAGGCUGUCUGUCGAGAGUGUUUUCGAUACCUGCCGGGCAACUGUUUUGCACAAGAGCGGUACGUUCCAAACGGUGGCCUGCAGCUUCCUGAUGGGUCGCUUGUGCCGACGGGGACAGCGAUCGGAUUCAAUGCGUAUGUGCUGCACAGAAACAAGGAGGUUUGGGGAGCCGACGCCGAAGACUUCCGCCCCGAGCGCUGGCUGCAAGCCGACGGAGAGACUGCCGACGAGUUCAAGAGCCGCCUACAGCACUUGAACAACAUGGACUUGUCGUUCUCGGCUGGUUCAAGGAAGUGCAUCGGUAUGAACCUUGGAAAGAUGGAAGUGAGCAAAACGGUGGCGACGCUCAUUACUCUGUUCGAGUUUGAGCUGGCAGACCCAAGGAGGGAGUGGAAGGUCCACAACAGCUUGAUCCCCAGAGCCUCUGACAUUAUCAUGAAGGUCAAGAGGAGGUCGGGGACUAGUGAGCAAAUCGGCCAGUUAAGUAGCCACUACUAA